AUGACAAGCUCUUGCAAGUCUUCACUUAAAGCAUUAGAGACUUCAAAAGGGAAACUUUUUAUAAGAGACUGCAUAGCAGCAAACAUUGUUGUACAGCUGAACAAACUUCGUUACAAGGAUGCUAAAGGCGAUCCAAAAGGUUUUGUAACCUUUUUGGACCAACAUGAGUUGCCCAGAGGAUUGCUACCACGCUAUAGAGGGAACAGACUACAUAUACUUUUUCACACAUGCGGUAUUUUGAUCCAUCAUUAUGCCAUAUUGAAGAUAUUUCUGUGUUCUGGCUUGGCGUUAUGUGGAGGUCUGCGAAAUAGUUUGUUUCAAGACUUUACAUCUGAAAUAGGUAUCCGUGAGUUGUGUGUUUUAGCUUUAAUUGGAAAGCUACUUUCUGGCCCUUGGAUGACAAAAUUUUAUAUUGCACCAGGUACAGGACUUGACUACAUAUCUGGCAUUCAGGUAGUAAAAGAUGUUAGGAACACUCUUAUUGAGAGCAGCAAGAAUCCCUUAUCUCUACUUAAACGAAAAACUGAUUUCUUUGGUAAUGAUAUUAAAGAUGUUGUUUUUGAUUCAAUAAUCAGCUUUUGCCCAGUAACUAAUGAAAUGAGUAAAGCAUUAGGUGACUGUCUUAAUGCUGUUAUUAGCGUCAUUGACAGGCAGUACAAGCGUCAGUUCGAAAUGAGUUCCAAUGAUCUUCUUAAAGACCAGACUAAGUCAGCUAGGCUUCACAACAUUGAUUCAGAAGAACUUAUGGGUAUGUUUAGCGCUGCAAAGCGCAAAGCUCCUAAUGCUACUCUUUGUUUUCUUUCUUCGAAACUUCGUGCUUGCAAAAAUAAAACAACUGCUCUGCUUUGUAAAAAGCCAACUGAUAUUCAAAACAAGUUGAUAUUAUGGGCUAUCUCUAAUGCCAGGAAAAAUCGAUUUACAAGUAUGCAAUGUCAUAAUGAACUGAAGUUAGAACUGCUAAAACGAAUGGCAGAUAAAAUUCAGAAAAGGGAGGACAAAGACCGCAGAAAGGUAGAAAAAAUAUUAAAAAGUUGCAUGCCCGAUCAGGUAAAAGAAAUGUUUCCUGACCUAGAAAAUAACGAGGCCUCAGAUAUUGAAGAAAUUCUUAUUGGAGCUGCUAUUGGAAGAAGUAUUUGCCACAUGUGGUUCGAUAAUGCCAAUAACACCCAUGAGGUAUAUUACGGCAGAAUUGUUAGCAUUAAAAAGAAGAACAAUGAUAUAUAUAUAGUUUCUUAUUGGAAACCAAAUGAAAAUGAAGAUGAUGACGGUGUUGAGUAUGAUAUGAGCAAAUAUCAACUUUCUGCAGACAUAAUAAGCGGUGAUAUGGUGAUAACAUAACAGAAUUGUGUAAUAAUAAGGUAGUCGGGUAGUUACCGACAUCCAACAACCAGGGUUGACCUGGUUGCAACAUGCUAUGGGAAACCAAAGCUCAUUUACUUUUUGACAUAAGCAAAUUGCUUGGCUUAUGACAAUUAAUGUUUAUCAUUGAUGUUUAUCAUUAUCAAUGAUGGCAAUGCAAUUUUCUAUCAAGUAUAACAGAGUUUCGCUUGCGUGGAUUGAGAGAUGUUAAACAGUAUUGAAGGGUCUGCUAUCGAUUUUUUUGUUUGGUAAUGGGAAGUUUUUUGUGUAUCAGGAGUUAAGUGAUUUUGAAUUUUUUAACUUAAUAAAUCAUUCUUAUAUUUAGUAAUCUCUAAUGGGUUUUAUAGUUAUGGUGCUAAAUAUUUAAUGCAUUUUCAUUUAUUUUUUAUUGCAAGGUUUUAACAAUAAUGGCAAUUUGCUACUGUGGAUAUUUAUGUUAAAGACCUCAAGAUUAUAUUUAUUAAUUCAGUAAUUACAGUUAAAUGUUAAACAACAUGAUGAAAACUACAUGGUUGCUUCAGUGGAUGUUGAUCUUUUUCAUAUCAAGAUUAAACCGAUAUCAUUGGAUGUGGUUUCCUUUGCGUACGAAAUCGACUCUUUCUAUCUAUGGAUGUCACAGUUUUGUUUGCUUCAAAAUCUAGGCUUUUUUCAAAGCCACAAUUCUGUUAAAAACAUUACUGAGCAAAAAAAAAUUUUUUUGUUAAA